AUGUGGAUCGUUCUGGUGCUGGUGACCUUCAGCCUGAGGCUUCACUCCGUCUGGGCUCUGAACUGCAUCACCUGCAACUUCAAUGACACAAGCUGCACGUCGCCCUCCUCCCAGACCUGCACCAACGGAGAGACUAUGUGUGUGACUGCAACCAUCAUCACGUGGACCAUCAUUGUCACUGCCACCUCCAUCAAAGGCUGUGCCGCGCCCUCUGUCUGCACGUCCACAGGAGACGUGGACUUUUCAUUGUUCACAGGGACAGAGAUUUUGGCUCGAGCCUCCUGCUGCAACAGUGAUGACUGCAACGCUGCCAACGCGGCCGCCCCAAACAACGGGAUAUCCACAUCGCUGACCUGCUACAGCUGUGACCUUUCCGGUGUCUGUAAUGCCUCAACGGUGACCUGCUUCACACUUGAGACUGCCUGCUUCAGCUCCUCAGUGAUCCCGGCCACAGGGGGCGCUGCAGUACCCACUCACGGUUGCGCCUCCCAGAGUUUCUCCACCGGAGCCCCCUCGUCCUCAGUUGUGUUGCUGCUGAUGCUUCAGGUCUUCGCUCUGAUUGUCGCUCGUCUCUGA